AUGACCAUCAUGCUGGUCUCUUUGAUUCUCGGGGCGCUUAUAGCCUUUUACUUUUAUUUAACGCAAAAUUACAAAUAUUGGCAGAAACGUGGAGUUCCUUGCGUGGAUGGAGCCCUGCCAGGAUUCGGUCACAUGCUGUCGGUGACGUCCACGAAAACGAACCUCGUCGAUUUUUGUGAGAAGAUCUACAAGGAUUACAAAGGUCGCAGUAUGGUAGGAUUUUACGACUUCACGUCGCCGUCGUUGAUGAUUCUCGAGCCGCAGCUAGUAAAAACGGUGAUGCAAACCAACUUCUCGAGUUUCUCUGAAAAUGCCAUCUUUUUCGAUCCCAAAUUAGACUCACUUAUAGCACAUAAUCCUUUUUUUAUUUCGGGUGAAAAAUGGCAAAACAAUAGAAAACGUUUGACUAACGCAUUCUCCAGCAUGCGACUAAAGAUCCUGCUCGAAAGCGUUAAAAAGGUAUGUGUGGAGUUCGAAAACUAUAUUGAUAAAAAGCUAAGUAAUGUCGAAAAGACAGAAUUCGAAUUGAAGACUUUGUUCGCUAAGUACACCGCACAGGUAGUAGCCGCCGCUGGUUUCGGCGUAAAUGGAUACUGCUUUGAUGACGAGCAAAAGGGUAUGUCUUUCACAAAAAUCGGAAAAACUCUGUUUGAGCCAUCCACAAAAAACACAAUCAUGUUCGCUCUCUUUUUCCUUAUGCCAUCAUUGAAUAAAAUCUUUAAAAUAAGAUUUGUUCCUGAGCAAAUCGAUCGUUUCAUCAAGACAUUGGUUGCAGAUCUCAUUGAACAAGGAAAAAAGGAUAAAAUACGUAGAAACGAUUUUCUCCAUUUAAUGUUAGAAUUAGAACAAUCAGCAAACAAUAAAUUUGAUAUUGACGUGCUCGCAGGACAUGCAUUUUCAUUUCUCGUCGAUGGUUAUGAGACUUCUAGCAGUACUAUGAGCUACAUCGGUUUUCAUUUAGCCAGCCACCCGGAAGUACAGGAGAAAUUGCGCGAGGAGGUGAUGACGGUGCUCAACAGACACGGCGGUGAAAUCACUUACGACGGUUUGAGAGAGAUGACAUACAUGGACCAGGUCUUCAACGAGUCGAUGAGGAUGAUAUCUGCAAUAGUGAUCAUGAAGAAACGAUGUACAGAAGAGUUCGAACUGAAAGGAUCCGAUGGAAUUGUCUGCCGCGUCCAACCCGGAACGGAAAUCGUGAUACCGAUUCAAUCUCUGCAUAAAGAUUCUCAAUAUUGGGAACAUCCCGAGGAGUACGAUCCUGAAAGAUUCAACCCAGAAAAAAAACAUAGCAACGAGAAAUUUACCUAUCUGCCCUUCGGCGAAGGCCCACGAAUGUGCGUGGGCAUGAGAAUGGCCCAGCUACAAAUGAAGGCAGGUCUGGCUACGGUUCUAAAAAAAUACAGAAUGGAACUAUCCCCGAAAACGCAAAUUCCUUUAAAAAUGAUUCCUUCUUUUCUACAAAUACCGAAAGGCGGCCUGUGGGUCUACCUUAGUCAUAUAUAA